UGACAAGAAGAUCCUGGAACUCAUGUCCAACAUCAUCCAGCUGCUGACUGGAGAGGAGUGGGACUAUAUAGGAAAGAAGAAGAAUAAUCGCCAAUCCCCUUCACUGGAACGGGAAUGCAGAGAUAAAGUUAAUCUGCAAUCAAGGUUCUUUUCUAAAGAUGACACAAGCUGUAGUUUGGCUGAAGAUUCCUUUUUUUGUGAAGACAAAAAUCUCACAAACACUUCUUGGGCUGAACAGUCCCCACCAGAGAAUGCUCUUAAGGAAGAGUCCGCCUUAUGUGAAGGGGAAGACCACCCAGACUGCAGCAUUAAUCUACUUACAGAACAGAUACAGGGAACAGAUGCACCAACUCUUAUCACUGGAUACAGCCUGAAUGACAGCUUGGCAGAUAAUUAUAUAUCAGUAGCUGUUAAAGACGAGCCAACUUCAUGCGAAGAGAGUAACCAAUCAGAUUGCAGCAUUAAUCCACUUACAGAACAGAUACAGGGAACAGAUACACACACUCCUAUCAUGGAAUACAGCCUGAAUAACAGCUUGGCAGAUAAUUAUAUAUUAAAUGGUAUAAAGGUGGAGUCGGUUACAUGGGAAGAAGAAAACCAAUCAGAAGACAGCAAUAAUUCAGGUACAGAACAGAUAAAGGGAGUGCAUGCAUCUACUUCUCUCAUGGGUUGCAGCUUGCUAGAUAGAAAUAGCACAUAUAUGGCUGAGUUUCACAAUAAAUCCUUGCAUACCUCUGAGCUAUCAAGAGAAACAUUACAGGUGACCUAUAACUGCAGAGAGUGCAAUAAAGAUUUCAGUACUAAGAGCAGUCUUGCUCGGCAUCAGAGAGCUCACACAGGGGCAAAACCUUUUUCUUGCUCUGACUGUGGGAAAUGUUUUAAACGUGUCGCACAUCUUGAGCGACAUAAGAGAACUCACACAGGAGAGAAGCCAUUCUCUUGUACCCAGUGUGGUAAAUGUUUUACACGCCACACACAGCUGACUGCGCAUACCAGACUUCACACGGGAGAGAAACCAUUUUCUUGCUCUGAAUGUGGAAAAAGUUUUAUUCUUCACUCGCAGCUCAAGGUACAUUGCCGAAUCCACACAGGAGAGAAGCCUUUUUCUUGUUCUGAAUGUGGGAAAUGUUUUGCGUUAGCCUCUCAGCUCAAAGUGCACGGCAGAAGUCACUCAGGAGAGAAACCAUUUACUUGCUCUGAAUGUGGCAAAGGUUUUUCACAGAGCUCAGCCCUGAAAGUACAUGUCAGAAUCCACUCGGAAGAGAAAACAUUCUCUUGUUCUGUGUGUGGGAAAUGUUUUAAACAUCGGUCAAAUCUUCUUAUACAUCUUAGAAUUCACGCUGGAGAUAUGCCGUUUUCUUGUUCCGAAUGUGGGAAAUGCUUCAUACAUCGCUCGCACCUUAAACUUCAUGAAACAAUUCACACCGGAGGAAAGCAGUUAACUUGUUCCGACUGUGGGAAAUCUUUUGCCUAUCUCUCAGAUCUUAAUUUUCAUCGCAGAAUCCACACAAGAGAGAAUUUAUUUACUUGUGCAGAAUGUGGCAAAUGCUUCACACGCCGCUCACUUCUUAAUGUGCAUAGCCGAAUUCACACAGGGGAGAAACCAUUUGCCUGUACUCAGUGCGGAGAGUGCUUUAGAUAUCGCUCACAGCUCAACGUACACCAAAAAAUUCAUCAGUGAAAUUUAAAGAAUUUUUGUGGUGCCAGUCCAUUUACUAGAAGAGUUAUUCUGCAAUACACUUAAAUAAUAGCAUGCCAGUUUAUUUAAAUAUAACUUAUAAUUUUGGAAGGAUUCUUCAUGUUCCAGGGGAAUGUAAGGUCAAAUAAGUAAAAGAAUGAGUGAGUUACGAGAAUUGAUCAGCAUGAAAUAAUUGAGUUGUGUGAUCAGUAAGAAGUGAUAAAACAGUUAGUAGAUUGAGUUGCUACAGUUGAAAUUAUUGAGUUGUUGGGUUCAGUCUGUAUGUAUGUAUAACUAUUUGUAAAGUGCUGUUAAAGAGCCACAGCACUGUACAGUGCAUAAAUGUACAAUAUAUAUAAAAGUAUACACAGGGAAGACAAAUCACAUAAUAAA